AUGUCCACCUACGAUAUCAAGGGCAAAUAUGCCAUUAUCACUGGUGCUGGAUCCGGCAUCUGCCUGGCCUUUGCGGUGCAGCUUCUUGAGGGAGGCUGCUCGGUCAUGAUAGCCGACGUGAAGCUUCGGCCCGAAGCCGAGGCUCUUGUAACCAAGUACGCCUCCAAAGACGCCACCACACCUUCGGUCGAUUUUCACAAAACGGAUAUCAGUGACUGGGGACAGAUUGCCUCUCUGUGGAAGAAGACUCUCGAAACGUUUGGACGUGUUGAUAUUGUGGUCAACGGUGCUGGCGUCUACGAGCCACCCUCUAGCACGUUCUGGAACGCGCCUGGCAUCUCGCCUCUAGCUGAAGAUGAGGCAAACGCCUCACCGGGCGUCUAUCAUACAUUCUCAGCAGCCAUUGCGAGCUUUGUUCGAUCUCUAGGCCAGCUACGAAAGCGGCUGGGUAUUAGGAAUGCGGCUGUUUGCCCUGGUGCUGUUUACACACCAAUCUUCCACCCGGAAUACUGCCGCGAUAGGGUGCACCCUGAUAACCUGACUCUCACGCCUGAGCAGUGCGCCUCGGUUAUGAUGAGUGUCCUAAAGGAGCCGCAAUAUGGCGAUGGUAAUAUUAUUGAGACAUUGCUUAUCGGAAGCAAGGACAACUCGUCUGUUAAUGUUCGUGAAGUGCCCCUAGAGGCACUGUAUCCUACUGUGGGCCCAGUUGGGCAGGAUAACCACUUACUCGAGGAGGAGGAGAAGUUGACUAAGCAACUCCAGGAGAAGGGAAUGCGGCAGUAA